AAUUUUCAUUAUCUCUCUCUCUCUCUUGCCGCCGACUAUUUCUGUUCUUCCUUCUUCUCCAAGCUCUCGAAAUUUCAGCCACUUUUCGGGAGAAAAUCCGAGAGAUUCUGCUCUCUUCUGGAACUUCUCGCUGGAAUUCUUCAAUCGGAAUCUCCAUCAGAUGUUAGAUUAUCUUCCGCAGGAGGUAUUGUUCUACAUCUUCUUGAAACUUCCUUCCAAAACCCUCAUACUCUGCACAUGCGUCUCCAAAUCAUGGCGUUCGCUUAUCUCCGAUCCGGCCUUUGUCCUCUCCCACCUCAAUCAAUCCAAUAGCAGCCGCGGCGGCGAUCGCCUCCUCCUCCUCCGGCGGUGCUACGGCACCGGCAGCAAGAAAGGCGAGCGCUACUCGCUACAUUUCGACACCGAAACCUUGGGGAUUUGCAAGGAAUUGAAGUUUCCUUAUGUGAAUUGGAACGAGAAUUUCAAGCUCGUAGGGUUUUGCAACGGAUUGUUGUGUUUGGUAGGUCCGAAUAUUUUCUUGUGGAAUCCAUCGAUUCACCGAUUCGUCGCUGUUCCUUGCCCCAGGGAUAUCUUCGCCCUUUACGCCACGCCCUACAAGUACGCCCUCGGAUUUGGCUUCGAUUCUCGCGCAAACGACUUCAAAUUGGUAAGAUUGGUGUAUCUCGAAGGUGAGUCCAUGUACGAUUAUGAUCUUCCUCCUAAAGUUGAAUUGUAUCAGCUCAGCACUGGUUCUUGGCGACAAAUUAGCCAUCCAGCCCCUCGUUACGAAAUCCUUAAAUCGCAAUGGACACAGAUUUUUAUGAACGAAGCUGUCCAUUGGAUUGCGUUCACUCGAAGCCACAGGGGGUUUCGCUGCAUAAUUCUGAGAUUUCACAUGGAUGGUGAAUUUUUCAGCACAAUUCCUCUUCCAGAUUGUCUGGUGAAUGAGUUUCCUCAGAAUUUGAAAGUUGCAGUUCUUGGAGGGGAACUCUCUGUUCUUCAAUGUGGGUGGUAUCCUUUUGGGAAUCGAUACGUUUCUUCUGUUUGGAUGCUGAGAAAAUAUGAUGUUCAUGAAUCUUGGACAAGAAUUCUGAGUGUUGAUCCAUCUCAGGGAUUGGGAAUGGCUCUGGGGUGUAGGGAAAAUGGGGAGAUGCUAAUGACAUCUAGAAAUGGGGAGCUGGUUUCAUACAAACCAGAGAACCAAACUGUGAAGGGCCUUGGGAUUCGUGGGGCUGCAGAUUCUUUCUUUCUGGAUAUAUUUGUUGAGAGCUUGGCUUUAAUUAAUGAAGGGAAAGGAAUUGUGGAGGAAGAAGAUGAAGAUGAAGAUGAUGAUUUCAUCUGGAGCUGAAGAUUGUCAAGAACUCAGAACUUGUUGAAGGUAACUUAAUUAAUUGUUAUGUAAAUUGAUUUGGAAAUGAAAUCUUAGUUGAGUUGAUUGAAAAUUGUAUAUUUAGUUGUAUUGUUUAUGUUAGUUUUACAUGAAAUAAUUUCAUUUGGUUGUGUUGUGUUGUUUUC